CACCGCGCACCGCGCACUGCGCACUGAGAAAGUCCGCAUCGUGAUACCGAACACUGGGCCAUCAGCGGUUCGAGGAGAGCAUCUCGAGAGGUCGCGGCCAACUCUCACACGCCCUUUGCGUGCCGAAGCCCCACAUCAUAGUUCUACACCAAUGCUCCUUCCCUCCCGGGGAUGUAUAAAAUAGGGCCGCUACUUCCCUCGCUCUGGCCGUUAUCUUCACUACAUCUGCUUCACUUCUUUCCCUACUUUCACAAGAUCCACAAACCGUUGUGAAGCCUAAAUUCGGAGGGACAAGACUUGAGUCACUUCUAUUACAACCUCAGCACGAACACCUGAUCUAGAACAUUCGCAUACAGAAAAACGCCACAAUGGCAACUGAGACAGCGUCGAAGGCGCUUCCCGUUCGAACGGGCAAGCACACUGCCGUCCACCCACAAAACCCAAUAGACGCUGGCGAGAUUCAGAACGCUGUCGCACUGCUUCAAGCACAAUGGCCGCAAGGAACCGAUCUUCAUUUCAAAGCCAUCACACUGAACGAGCCUCCAAAGGCUGAGAUGGUUCCGUAUCUUGAGGCCGACUUCGCCGGAGCGGACUUGCCGCACAUCGAUCGAAAGGUCUUCGUGACAUACUAUCUCAGACAAACUAACAAGUUCCAUGAGGCCGUUGUGAAUCUCAGUACGCAGCAGGUUGAGUACAAUAUCCGACUAGGUCCAAACAUGCACGCUCCUGGUGAUGGCGAAGAGGUCGUCGCUAUGGAACGCAUCGCACUUGCAGAUGAAGCUGUACAGGCUGAGCUUGCGAAACUCAACCUUCCUGAAGGCACCAAGGUUGUGGUAGACCCUUGGAUUUACGGCUCGGACGGCAUCUACGACGACGAGAGAAUGUGGCAAUGCUUCCUCUACACACGUGAUCCACACAACUCGGAGGAGCCAGAUUCAAACCACUACGCGUUUCCGUUGAACAUUUCACCUGUCAUCUCGGACCUGACCAGGAAGGUGAUCAGGAUAGAUAUCAUGCCAACUGGCGCGGACAGCACGGUCUCUGGACUCAAGAAGUACAAUCACAACAUCCCUGGCAACGAGUACCUGCCAGAGUACCAGAAGCUGCGAACCGAUCUGAGGCCGCUUCAGGUCGUACAGCCAGAGGGCGCUAGCUUCAACGUUCAGCAGCAGGGAACUUCCAACAUCAUCAAAUGGCAGAAGUGGUCUUUCAGAGUUGGCUUCAACCAACGUGAGGGCAUGGUCAUCUAUGAUGUGCGCUACGCUGGCCGCAACCUCUUCUAUCGUCUGGCAUUGUCCGACAUGAACAUCCCGUAUGCCGACCCGCGUCACCCUUACCACAAGAAGGCAGCAUUCGAUCUUGGCGAUGUUGGUGCAGGAAUCAUGGCAAACGACCUGAAGCUUGGAUGUGAUUGUCUCGGUUCGAUUCACUAUCUGUCAGCGACUCUUUCUGAUGACAAAGGCAAUCCACUCGAGAUGCCCAACGUCGUCUGCAUUCACGAACAAGACAACGGGAUCGGUUGGAAGCACACCAACUAUAGAACAGGUCGUGCUGCUGUCGUCCGAAACCGCGAGCUUGUCGUACAGUCCAUCAUCACUGUGUCGAACUACGAAUAUAUCAUGGCGUUCGUGUUCAACCAGGCUGGUGAGCUGGCUUACGAGGUGCGGGCCACUGGCAUCCUUUCCACGCAGCCUAUUGAUGACGGCCUUGAGGUACCUUGGGGCACUGUCGUACAUCCAGGUGUCCUAGCGACUCACCAUCAACACAUCUUCUCGCUUCGGGUUGACCCUGCCAUUGACGGCUACCACAACCGACUGGUCUAUGAAGAGGCUCACGCUAUGCCUCGCAGCGACUUCAACCCCCACGGUACAGGCUACAUCUCGAAAGAGACUCUCGUCGAGACAAGUGGUGGUUACGACAUCGACUACGCAGCCAACCGAACCUUCAAGAUACAAAACGUCGAUGUUCGCAAUCCAAUCAAUGGCAAGCCCGUCGCGUACAAGAUCCACGCGCCACCAUUUCAGAAGAUGUUGUCUGACAUGGAGAGCUUCAACCACAAGCGUGCAGAGUUCGCUGACAAGAACAUCUAUGCUGUCAAGUAUCGCGAUGGCGAGCUUUACGCUGGUGGCAAGUACACCAAUCAGUCGAGAGGUGGUACUGGCGUUCGUAGCUGGGCCAAUCGUAAGGAGAACAUUGUGGACGAGGAUUUCGUCGUCUUCGUCCAGUUCGGCAUCAACCACAUUCCUCGCAUCGAAGACUUCCCAGUCAUGCCUUGCGAGAUCAUCAAGGUCGCCUUCAAGCCAGUCAACUUCUUCGACAAGAACCCGGCUCUCGAUGUGCCUCCCAGCAACCAGGAGUUCAACAAGAGCGUUCUACUAAACGAUCCACAGCAGGUGAAAGAGGCGAAAUGCUACGCGGUCGAUACGAAUGUAUCAAGCAAGCUCUGAGUAAACUAUGACUAGGGACGUUCAGUUGGGAUGAAACGACACGAAAAGCUGGAGAGGCUGUCUGAUAUGACUUGUGAUGAGACCAAGACUGUUGUAGCUAUGGGAUACCAUUUGUCCUAGUGUAGUUGGCUGCAAUGAUGAUGUGAUGUGAUGCUCUGCGAUACUCUACGAUGCUCUGCCUUCUAUUCAUGGCUUCGAUUUCUGUUUGCCUUAGACUUCACGUAUCGCUUGUGCAACCACAACGUCUUUCUCAACAUCAUCUCUUGGC